CCGUCCCAUUAGCUGGCCCUGUGUCAGCCGCAGGCCCCUCGGAGCGGGAGGUGGGGCCUUGCCCCGCUCCCCUGGGCACGUAACGGCCACGGUGUCGCCGGUCUACGCCCAGGGCAGCGCGGCCUUCCGGCCCUCGCCUGUUCGCCAAAAGUGGGGUGUUUUGAGGUUUCAUUUCGUGGUGUGGUUUUUUAAUUCGGGCUGUUGGUUUUCAGCGGGUGAUGCCUGGGGGCCUGUGUCCCGCCGUUUGCCCUCGGGGCAGGAGCGGGCCGGUUGUCGGAGAGGGGGGGCCGCUGGGCACGGCGUGGGGGGCGGCGACCCCUUCCCCGGGGGGUGCUCUGCCCUCCGGACCCCGUGGGCGGAGACGCGGGUGCGAGCCUCUUGCUAGUGAAUCGUAGAGAGCAUAAAGAUCGCCUUAACGAAGCUAUCUUUUAAUAAGUAGGUUGUUUUGUUUUGUUUUUGUAAAGUCAGGGUCUUGUUCUUCCUUAAGUCAAGUCCCGGCUGGCUUCCCUUCCGGAGGUCGUUGAGGAGAGGGAGCGGAGCGAGCAGAGCCUGGUCUUUCUGCUCCGGUCUGGUUUCCUCUAUUUUUACUCUUGUCCUGUAUUCUCUCCAUGUAGAGUUGAAUAUGCUUGAGUAAAGGUGUCUGGAAAAUGGAGAAGACUUUGAACAGAAUUCAUCCAGUUUCUGAUCCAGAAGCAACAUACUUUCUACAAAUAUCAUGGGAAAAAGAUUUGGGCACUGGCUUUGGUUUAAUACUCACUGAUGGUCAGUGUGCAUGGACUGGAACAGUUUCUGAAGCUGAAAUUUCUAGGGAGGCUGCUGACAUGGAAAUGAAUAGAGAAAAGUAUGUUGAAGAACUGAAGAAGGCACUGAUAGCUGGAGAAGAAUCAGCUGGCAAAUAUAACUUUUCUAUUUCAAGAGAUGAAGAAAAUAUGGAGUGUCAUUUCUCCUAUGAAAGAAAUCUGAAAGAUGGCUCUUUUAGACUUGGAUCUCUAAAGCUGCAGGCAGUUUCAAGUCCGGCGGAGGUGGUUAAGGAACUGAUUGGUUACUGUCUGGACUGCCUGGGAAGACUGCAAGCAAAAAAUGAGCACCUGCAAAAAGAAAAUGAAAGGCUUUUCAGUGACUGGAGUGACGUGGAGAAGCGGCUGGAAAAAUGUGUGGAAGCUAAAGAAGAACUAGAGGUGGAUCUUUAUAACCGGUUUAUUUUGGUGCUGAAUGAAAAGAAGGCCAAGAUAAGAAACUUACAGAAGUUACUGAACGAAGCUAAAGAAUCAGUAGCAGAUGCCACAUGCACAAGGUAUUUUUAAUUUUCCAGAGUUACUUGCACUCAGACGGCUACAGUGAGAGAAAAUGACUAUGAUGGCAGCACUGAUGAGGAAAGUGAAAAUUUAACACAGGCCUCAUUACAAUCAGCACCAGAACGGAAGGAUUCCUUUCUGGGUAGCCCAGAUGUCAUUGAUACUGCUCCAAGAAGAAAGCGAAGACAAAGGACUGCAAAGCCUGCUGGGACAGGAGCUAAGAUGGCUACUUAUGAGACAGAACUGCCAGCCAAGGAAAAACCUGAUGUGGCCUCUCAGAAGACAUCAGGCAAGCGUUCGCCAGACGUGAUGUCUCUCGAAACCCUGGAAAACACUUGUGAGGUGGAGGACCUCUUUGAUGACAUCUAGCUAUGUGUUGGCUGAGAAACUGAGAGACUGGUGCUUCUAAUAGAGAAAAGCCAUAAAACUAAAAGGCUUUGUUAUAGACGCUGAGCCGAAAUCUUUACUCUGAGGUGGUAUUCAAUAACAUAUUGCUCUAAUCCUCUUGCACUGCACUUGUCUCCAUUUUUCACUACGCAGUUGUAGACCCUUGGCCUGUUGGGCUUGAUUUGUGACAGCCUUGAAAUCAGUUUAGCCUCUGUGUAGGUCUUUUAUCAUCGGUAUAUGAGGAAGGAGAGCACCAUCACAGCAUUUUUACAUCCUAACAGUCUCUGGCUGAUGAUUGUAUCCAGGAUCAGCUGGUUUCCAGAUGUCCCCAGAGAAUAAGUCAGACAUAAAGGGCUACCACUGUACUUACCUUAUAUACUACCCCUUUCUUGAGAAGCUCAUCUUAGAUGUGGUCUAGCUAAAUCAUCAACUCUGAUUGAGAUACAGCUUCCUAAACUGUGAGUUUAGAAUAAUAACUGCUGAUGUGAAGUAGCCAAAGAAAUGUCCUUUCACUUUUCACUCAAAGGUUCUCUGUGGCAUUAUGCAUUAUAAAGGUAUUCUUGCUUUUGGGACUAAAGUGCUUACAAAGUCAAUACUGACUAACCUUCUGUAGAAAAUCAUAGCCUUUAAAGUUGUCAUUUUUGAUACUUCUUCAUAUUUCUUAAUGUGAUUUCUAAAAAAAUAAAAUACAUUCUAAAUAAAACAUCAAUUUUGGGUUUAUUUGCUUAGACAAUCUAUGAGUAAAGGGACUAGUUAGCAAAGUGUGUUUAAUGCAUGACCUUUUCCUGCCCAAGGCUGAUAUAUUCAUUCUGGUUUAAAGCUUCAUCAGAGGAAAAGUUAGCAACAUGUAUUUUUACCUGCAGCGGUCAGAAUCAGGUGUACAGAACUAAGCAUUCACCUCGGAUUUCUGCUUUGCCAUUUUAAGAUCCUGAAUCAAUUCCCAUUUAAGGCAGAGUGAGAUGGUUCUUCUGUCUCAGAGAGGACGUGAUCCAACAAGGGUUUUAAAUAUGUGAGUAAUGCCAUGAAGUCAGCAGGACUAUGCAACAUAGCCCUGCUUCUGUGCUCUAGGGCUUGCAACGGUCCUUGGAAGCUACUUGAUAUUUUUGAAAUGGCGGCUUAUUUAGGCCCUGUUUCUGCCAAAAUUUAGUCCUAUAUUUAACUAAAAGCAUCCGUGUCAGUAUUUGCAGGAUCAGGGCCUCAUUUAAGAACCUACAUGCAGAUCUGGGAAUAUUAUAUUUAAGCGUUCCUUUCUGAAAAACGUGGUCACAGCAUUUUAAAUUCACAAAGAGCUUUGGGACAAUGUUAUAAAUCACACAGUAAAAACAUGAAUGGCCAAAAUAUUUUGCUUUCUACAAAGGCUUUGUGCCUGAGAAAUGACAGGACCACAAAAGACCUAUUCAUACACCCAUUCAUAGACAU